UGAUGUAAUACAUGGAAGACUAUUCAAUAAAUACAAACGGAUCCAGUAAUUCUUGCCUGAUUGGACAUCACAAACUCCACUAAAUGGCUGAAGACAGGCGAUAGACAAGUGGUGGACGGAGAAAAGCGAGACAUACAUACUGAACGCCGCUCGGCUAUCACUGCAGAGGAGAGGACGGCUGUACGCUCGAGUACACACACGGUACGCGCGCUGAUUUCCAUUGGUCACUUAUUUCAUUCAUACUUCGCUCGAGGAGGCGGGGACAGCGUGACGUCAUCAAGAUCGCCUAUAAAUCGCCGACCAUUGGCGGUGAGAAUCAAUAUAGAAAAGCGAAGCCGACGGAAUCAGGAAAGGACUGAUCGUGAGAUACCGCAGUGCCUAAACAAAACAUUGGUGACUUGUUCUCGGACUAAGUUGAUAACGCUCAAGAUUGAACAGUUAUAAAAAGAAAAUGACCAGUUUAAAGCGGUUGUUGAUGUUAGCAGUGUCCGUUGCGUUGUUCUCUUGUGUAUCGUCCGCAUUUCUUAAGAGUUUAAAACACAAAAGCCUUUUGAAUAGAAAACAUAAUUCAGCAGUGUCCAAAAGGCAAGAACCUGAUGAUUCAGGACCUAAGCUGUUUUUCAAGGGCCGUCCAUUGAGACCGACAACGCGGGUGACAAGACGCCAUGACACCGUUCUGGAAUGCGAAGCUGGAGGUAGCCCCGGGCCCUCUAUCCACUGGCUCAAGGAUGGGGAACGAAUUGAACAGGGCAUGUUCCAAAAUUACCAAGACGACGAAGCCUCAUUUGAAGAUACGAUAGGGAAGGAUGGUCUCCCCUUGUUACGCCUGUCCACAACAAGGUCAAAGUUACACAUUGACUGCAUUAGCCCUAAAACUGAGGGACAAUAUACAUGUGUUGCUGAAACACCAUACGACAGAAUAAGCCAGUCCACAACAGUUAAAGUCAUUUCUCGUGCUAUCGGAUCAUUUAAUGAAUGCUUGUUAAAGAAAUCUAUAAAGGGUGAAAAAGCCCAGGUAUACAUGUGGACUGCCACACGUGUAGAGUUCGAGGAGAACAGGGUCCAGUUAUUCUGCAGAGCGUCAGGAUCUCCAGCACCAAGACUUACGUGGUAUGAUGCCGAAGGAGAGCCUGUCCAGCCGGGGCACAAAUACGAGAUUGCUGAAAAUGGAGAUCUUAUCAUUAAGAACAUCAACUGGUUUGAUAUGGGCGUGUAUACAUGCACGGCAUCUAACAAACAUGGCGAGGAUUCGGCAGAGUCGUUCUUAUAUCCUACGUACCGGGACGACGAGGAAGAGAUGCUACCACCAGUGUAAAUAACCUUUGAGGUGUCACAGGUCUCUACCGAACAACUUCAAGGUGUGCGAACGCUCACAGAGGAAGGAGGUGCUCUGCGCAUGCGCAGCAAGGAAGGAGGAGUUUUUAGUUUCCGGUUCUUUAUGAGGUCCAUUUUGUUGACAACGCCGGCGGCGCCAAGUCGCAGUGCGGUACUAUAUGCCAUCAUCGGUCUCAAUGCAAUCUUCAGAUCCCGGCUAUCUGGUGUGACGCCAUGUCCCAUUCAUUGUUACCUGCCUAACAGCCAGAAAUGACUUUGUGUGCCAUGGAGUUUUCAUGCUAAUUUAUUUAUUUAUUUGAUACUUGUGUUCACUAUUUUGGUUAACUGUCUCCUAUGUUGAAUAUUUUCACAACAAUAAGGUCUAUUUAUUUUUUUGAUGGAUGAGGACGAGGAGAAAGAGAAUAAAUUUUAUGCAAAUUAUGUAUAUAUCUACUCUCUGUUGUUUUGUUUUGCCAAGUAGUCGUUUGGGAGCAAUCAUUUGAUUUUAAGGAUGUGUGGUUGGGGAGAUGGGGUGCGGUAUAUUUGCUAAAAUAUAAUGCCUCAUUGAAGGAAAUAAAUAAUGUGCCCUUUUCUUGCAAACAUGUCCAAAGAAUCAUUAUUUUUAUGUAUUAAAAAAAUAGCACCUGCUUUUUCGAAAAAAAUAUUUACGCUCCUAAACAUAAAAAAACAUGCUGAUCCCAAACCAAAAUUCGCAUCCCUUCCCGAAAAUGAAAUGGUUGCUCCCGUAAGACCAAAUAUGGCUCAUAUAACGGAUUAAGUUUCACUCGAGCCAUUGUUGAAUAUAUAACUGAGUAUUGUUGUAAGUUGUGUAUGUUGAGAGCAGUUCCAUGAUUAUAGUGAACAUGUAUUCCUGAACGUAUGGAAUGUUGCAACAAGUUCCAGGCUACAGAGUCCAACUGUUUAACGUCCUGUUACGUGUUACAGACACCUGAUAAAAUCUAAGAAAAAUAAAUGAACUUAUCUUUGUA